AUGCGCAUACUUGGAUCGUUCGUCACUGUUAUUUUGCUCAUGACGCAACUAACAAAAGCGGAGAUUAGAAAUUGCGACUUCUACGACACUGUUGACAUUUCAACAGGUCAAAAGUUACCAAACGGUUCAUACCUUCACGAUGGCUUACUCAUUCCCGCCAAAUUGGUGGGUGAAUAUAGCUUCAAGCUUUUGCCUAAUGGCUCCAAGGAGGACGUGCCGAGCCACGUGAGAGGAUGUGUCUGCAAACUGAAGCCUUGCAUCAGAUUUUGUUGCUCUCAGUAUCAUAAAAUAAAUGACAGCGUAUGCAGUGAUGAAAUGUCGCAGUUUGAAAAGGACAAUCACGAUCCUUACGUGAACGUGACCCUCAGCAACGGAACAGUAGCCAAGAGACACUUUAGGGAGGAUCUUAUAGUGCAAUCGGAUCUGCCCAUGCCCUGUGGGGAGGAGAAGAUGCACUGGAUAGAUCAUACUCUGCCUGGCAACGGCUUUACACUAUUUGAGAAUGGAACCUUUUUGAGACACUGGGACGGGGUUUUCUUGGACAAGCGGGAAUACUGCGUACAGCACUUUGACUUCGAGGGUGAUGGUAUUCGAAUGGCUCCCCACUUUUGUCCACUUGAAUUUGAAAUCUCGCCACGGUGGCAGACAUUUGUGAUGUCAAUAUCAUUGAUAUGUAUGGUUUUUACGAUCAGCGUGUACUUAUACGUCAGGAAGCUACAGAACUUGUUCGGAAAGUGCUUUAUGUGCUACAUGGUCGCCCUCUUCAUGGAAUACAUAUUUGAGCUUCUUAAAGUGUGGGAAGUGUGGGAUUUACCAUCGAGCUCCUGCACUACAGCAGGAUUCCUCGGCUACUUCUUCACCAUGGCCGUAUACUUUUGGCUUUCUGUCAUUAGUUUUCACCUAUGGACAACUAUAGCCCUUCCCCCUGACGCGUUGCACCGUUUUCUGCCAACUCAUCGGUUUCUUGGCUACAACAGUUACGCUUGGGGAUUGUCACUGGCCAUGACAAGUGUCACCAUCCUAGCUGACAACGUCAUAGAAGAGGAUAGGGCACCUCGUGUGGGUUUCGCACAAUGUUAUAUCUACACUGGAGAUAAUACUGUCUUGAUAUACUUGUUUGGACCUAUUCUACUCUUGAUUGGUUUUAACAUAAUCAUGUUUAUCCUGACGGUUAUUCAUAUAACGAAAGUAAAGAACAAAGUCAAGAGCGUCGCCAUGAAGAACUCAAACAAUCUGACGUAA